AUGGCAGCUGGUGGCAGGUGGUCGAUGCGGCGUCAUCUGAGGUUGAUUCCGGCAGCGCUAGCCGCUUUGGCCUUCAGAAGUUUUGCAUUCCUACAAGUCUUUGGCAGCUCAGACCAGUCUGCGCGGCUUGUCCAGCGCCGCAACUUGCUCACUGGGAUUGUGGGUGCGUUGUCCCUGGAGGCCUUCACUCCGGAAUCCAAUGCCUACAUGCAGAGGAAAGUGGCGUAUCCUCCAAUCAACAAGGAGGACCCCAACAGAUGCCAGUGGAGAUCGUCGAACAUUGCACAGGCAAAUGCACAGCGAGAAAAGCUCCAAGACUUGCGAGAAUGCAAGAUGGCAGGCACGAAUGCGGACGACAAGGAUAUUGCAGGAGCCUUGUUGAACAAAGGCGACUUCACGAAGGUGAGCUUCAAGAACGGCAUCAUGACCAAGGCGGUUGCCGAAGAAAGUAACUUUGAGGGCGCAGACUUCACGAAUGUUGUUGCGGAUCGUGUGGAGUUCAAGAAUGCCAACUUCAAAGAUGCCAUCUUCAAGAAUGCCCUGCUGACGUCGUCGGACUUUACGGGAGUCAAUGUGGAGAAUGCGGACUUCACAGAUGCUUUCUUGGACAUCCAAAGCGUCAAAAUCCUAUGCAACAAUCCAACAAUGAAAGGCAAGAAUCCUGUCACAGGAGCAGACACUUAUCUUAGCGCCGGCUGUGAUAUUGCGGAUGCUGGACAGUAUAAUCGAUGA